CGAUGACGUCGCCUGAAGAUCCCUGUCUGCCUGUCCUGCUUCUUCUUAUUACAAACCGAAAUUUCCCUUGCUUCUCUGGACGUCUAAACUGCCAAGGGCGUCGAUCUGCGUCUUUAAAAUAUCCGUCCUCCUUCCCUCUCACUUUCGGUGUUAUUCACGUUCACAAACAGCCUUGAUCUCGGCUUGCCGUAUAUCCGAUUCCAACUGUACAUUGUACACUGUACACUGGGGAGUUCCCUGGUUAUCCGAGCGCCACAACAAUAUAUUUUGCCCCCGUGCCUUAAUCUUAUUUCCCAGGGUCUGGUUUUCUGUUGAUCAUAUUUAAGUGUGGAAUGUACUGAGAGGGGUUGUGUGUCUAUUUUCUAUUGACAGGUGUCAGGGCAUAAUAAUUGGAUUGUAUUUUGCGCAGAGAUAAAUUGUUGAUAUCUUGUUAAAGCGAGGACACUGCAACGCGACGUGGAGAAUUGUCGACUUCUCGAUCUACCGCGCAUCGAGAAACAUAACUAUCACUAUUACCUAUUAAUUCAAACCGAGACACGAAGACAUCGCCAAUAUGUGGAUCAUCUCAUUCUGGGUCUUCCCCCUCAUAUCAGCCUGCAUGUGGAUUGCCUUGCUCAUCACCAUGCUUUGCGUUUGGGCCGGUGACGGAAAACCUGUGUACCCCAGUAUGGAAAAGGGUCAGACCAUUGCGUAUAUCUCCGACGUGGGCGCGUACGGACUAAAGCCGUUUUUCAUCACAGCCAGCGUGAUUACAGUGGUGUUCCUAGAUCUAGCGUUCCUAUCAGAGCGCUGGUUGCGCCAUUCCGGCCAAUUAGUCCCUAACAAGGGUCUCUGGGAUAAACUAUGCGCCAUUGCCUCGAUCAUCUUCGCAAUCGCCGGUGCAGCAGGUCUAAUCCUACUAUCCAUCUUCGACACAUAUCGUCACCCACAUAUGCACGACGGGUUCCUGGUACUAUUCAUUGGCGGAUACAUCAUCAGCGCCAUCCUAAUCUGCGCCGAAUACCUCCGUCUCGGCCUCUCCUACCGCCGCCAACACCGCGUGCUACUAGCCAGCUUCAUCAUCAAAGUCACGUUCGCAAUCAUUGAAAUCGCCCUAGCAAUCGCAUUCGGUAUCUGCACCAAGAGCAAGGAUAAAUCGAAGAAGAACACCGGCGCUAUCCUCGAGUGGGUUAUUGCUUUCGUGUUUACGGGUUACGUGCUCUCGUUCGUGGUGGACUUGUUACCCGCUGUUCGCACGCGCACACAUGUUCCCCAGGGUGAGAAGCAUGCGAGUAUGAUGACUACUCCGCGGGAUAGUGGGGAUUUGCCACCGCAUGCCCAUGCUUCGCUGGAGGAACCGUUGACGACAGAUUCGAUGGGGCCGAAUGCGGGUUAUUAUCGCGGUCAGCGCGUUUGAUAAAUAGAAUCCUUCUUGCUUAAUUGCUUGAUGUGGGGAGGGUGACUGGCAUAUAACGAUAUACUGUAAAGGGUUUGUGGAGUUUUGAUUUUGAUUUUACUUUUUUUGCUGUUGCGAUUGGCGUUGCUAUGACACGUCAUGAUGAUGCUUGACACGUUGGUGCAUUUUGUUGGAGGUUUGUUUACUUUUUGAUGAUUUGAUUUGAUACCUUUAAUGUCUCUGCUUUGUUUGAUGCGAGGCACUUUUAUCAUUAUCUCCGUGCGGGGUUUGCGUUUGCUUCAUGUAUAUGUAUGUAUGUAUAUUUUAUCUUGCGUGUCUCAUGUC